AUGACCGGUAGCAUCGGCGUGGCAGGCGCGGAUGCCGUGGGCAAGACGAGCUUCUAUCUGUGGGCGCGGCCUGGCGGGAACAGGCAGAAGAAGACAGCGGUUCACAUCCUGCGUAGCCGAGAGGAGGACUCGGGCGCUGCUGCUGUCGCCGACGACGACGCAGUGUUCGUGCUGCUGUUCGACCUCACGAGGCGAGACUCGCUGGCGGCGGUCGUUGCGCAGUGGGCGCAUUUGUCGGACACCCCGGGGCGACGGCUGCUGCUGGUGGGCACGCAUGCAGACUGUGCCAGCAAGCGAGAAGUGUCGUUGGAGGAGGUGCGCGAGAUUUCGGGCGAGUUCCACGGCUAUGAGGAGGUGUGCUGCAUGCCAGGACGCUCGGGAGACGAAGGUAUGCUCCGCGUCAAGCUUCUGCUGACGCAAUGGAUUGGUGGCAGCCCCGCAGUCAUGGCUAGCGAUAUCCCGCUAGCGCGUGCCUCGAUCUGCGGCGGAUUCCCGAGACCCGUCGUGACGAUGAUGAUGCCGAAUACUUCGCACAGCUUACCGGCGUCUCCUGCAGGGCAGCGGAGACCGCGUAGGCGUGCAGAUGUAUGGCUGUACGACCCGACUGAAGAAGUAUCUUCCAGUCCGGUGGCGGUGACAGGUGGCGACGUGAAGCUGCGCACCAUUUCCAAGGCGAUCUACGAUAUCCGAGGUGCAGUGGCCGAGAAGAGCAAGUCGCUGGCCAAGUAUCGCGACCGUCAAAUGAGCCACUGGCUCACGCGGAGUCGGUACUUCGGCCCGACGGAAAGCAGUCGGCACAAGCGAUGGCAGGAGGAGCAGAAGAAGCGCCAGCAACAGACUCAAGGUCAUGUGCAUCACCACCAUGUCAGCCAUAUUCGGCAACAAUCAAGCGCUCCAGACGUCUACCAGCAGCGUGUACGAAGCGUGAGCCACCCGGACAAGAUCGAUCCGCCGAACAGGAAGCCGGUCGCGCGGCGGGGUCCAGCGCGUUUAUCCAGCUCAAGCUCAAGCGAAAGUGAUGAGUCCCCUGGGACUCCAUUGGAGCGGAAGUCCUUCAUGCAACCUACAGAGCUGACCAAGCAGCGACAACGGCAGCUGGAGGCCGACAGCGCGCAGCAGCAAAUGGAGCGUGUCGUCGCCAAGCGAGCACUGCGGAAGCAGAGGCGCGCUGCCUCCAACGACAUUUCCGAGCGAAGCACGGCGUCCGCAGCGGCGUUGAACUCGUACCUGAACUGCUACGAUGAGAUGGACAUGCCUCCGCAGCUGCAGCCACUCUCUCCUUCCCUGGAUCGACGAAACCCUUCUUCAAAGCCAUCGCCACCAUCCUCCGUGUCUUCCUCCUCAAGUCGGAAGGAGAAGAGCGUUGCGGGAGAUCGACGCAAAUCCUUUGAGGUUGGCGCACUGGCGCCAUCUGAAGUACAGUACCCCCUGGGAUUGCUGUCUCCUGGAGCUGAGCAGGCUGGCUGCGUGCCGACGCCUCCUUCCACUGCUCACUUGCAGUCCCCGCUCCCGCCGGUCAUGAGUCCUCCCGCUCCGUCGUCGGUCCGAAGCCACCACAGCGCUCAGAGCGUCACGCUCGACGACGGAGAGUACGACUUCCUGUCCGACACUGUGCUGACGCUAACCACUCCGGACAAGCUGCAGACCGAAUCCAAGUCUUCAACGCCCGUGCUAGCUACCGAAGAGGCUGCUGUCAAGACGGACUCGCCGCCGCCCCCGGCCGCUUCACUUGAAGAUUCCGCCGCCAGCCGAGCCGAUACAAUGUGCAGCAGCAGCUCGGAGAACUUCGAGUGCAGCGACAUUGACGACAUGCUCGAGUACUUCGAAGGCGUCACUCUGCCUAUCUAA